CCGACCUAACCUCGAUUUGUAAACACGAGCGCACGUUGUGCGGAUCGCAACGCCUGAUGCCGGCGAUCCAAAAAUAGUAUUUAACUUUGGCUGUGACAUGUUUUAUCGCGACGUUAAUCGUCCCACUGUUAAAUGUAACGAUGUAACAGUGAUACAUUCCCACGCAAUUCAAUUGGAAAUUUGGGAACGCGACGUACGUAGGUUAGGUUAAUCAAAUUUAACGAGUUUCGCGAGAGUAUUCCGGCACGUUUGCGAAACAACCAUGAGCGUCGCCUCUCGGCUCGGUUACGCGAGACCGAACUAUGAGAUGUUCGUACGUUCCACGUUGAUUAUAUUUUUCACGAGCACCGUGUUGCUUUUCCUGUAUUUAAAUCGCAUCCAACCGGAUUAUUUUAUCGACGAGGCCUUCCACAUACCUCAGACGUUGCGAUAUUGCGCGUGGAACUUCACGCAGUGGGAUCCUAAAAUCACUACUUUGCCAGGCUUAUAUCUUAUCGCUACCGCGAUAUUAUCGCCUUUCAAUCUUUGCAAUACCACGUAUAUAAGAUGUAUAAAUUUACUUGGGACGUGCAUAAAUCUCUAUCUCCUUUAUAACGUUAUAAAGGAAAAUUGUAAGCCCAACAAAACGGACCGAUGGAACACGUGGCUGAUACUCGCGUCGGCAUACAAUCUCGCCCUUUUCCCGCCGUUGUAUUUUUGGUGCUUCUUUUAUUACACGGACGUUGUGUCCGUGAACGUGGUGCUCUUAAUGUUAUAUCUGCACCAACGUGAGCACACGAAGAUGACGGCCUUUGCAGGUUUGCUAGGCGUGCUCGUUCGUCAGACGAAUAUCAUUUGGCUCGGUUUCUUUACCAUUGAACGCGCAUUAGAUAUAUUUGAUCGCAGGAUGGAGCAACCUGUCCCGCCCGGAGUGCUCAGUACUCCGUUACACUUUCGCUUAAUUUGGAGGCAGAUAAUGUACGAAUUACGCAUAGGUCCACUGUCCCUCGUCAAGCUCGUCGCGCAGAUAUGCGCUAGUCUGCUUCCCCACAUAACGGUAUGUCUCAUGUUCGUUGCUUUCGUUGCGUGGAACGGAAGCAUAGUGAUCGGCGAUCGUACCGCCCAUGUCGCAACGAUCCAUAUCUGCCAGAUACUCUACUUCUCCGCCUUCGUAUCUCUGUUCUCGUGGCCGUACGUGGUGCCUCAUUGGCGAACGUGUUCGCGAUUCCUUCGUCGGCGCUGGAUUCUCGCGAGCUGCGCCGUCGCGCUGACGGCCGCGACGGUGCGCUUCAACACGCUCGUUCAUCCGUACGUCUUGGCUGAUAAUCGGCAUUACUGGUUCUACGUGUGGAACCGAUUCAUGGGCCGACACGCGGCGUUCAGGUAUUUACUGAUACCAAUUUACGUCGCGAGCCUGUUCGCCAUGUCGCGGAACGUCGCUCAUCUGAGAUUUCUCACGAAAAUUAAUUAUGCUAUUUGCGUGUGCAUGGUGCUGAUACCUCAGUUACUGGUGGAACCGCGUUACUUCAUUCUGCCGUACAUAUUUUACCGUUUAAACGUGAAAAGGCCAGAAAGGUGGCAGAUCUGUUGCGAAUCGCUCACGACCUUUGCGAUCAAUUGCUUGCAGUUUUAUAUUUUCGCCAGCAAGGUGUUCUACUGGCAGGAUCAGCCCUAUGCCCAGCGAAUUUCUUGGUGACAUUCGCCACGAGUGCAAAUAUACGAAAUAAUAAAAGAACUCUAUUUCGACGUAAA